GAGAGGCGGAGAGGGGCGGGGCCUCUUCCCGGUAGUGGCCAUCGGUGCGGGAGGCGGCUGGUAGUGAACCGGGUACCGCAGCCAUGUCGGAGCGGAAGGUGUUGAACAAAUACUACCCCCCGGACUUCGAUCCCGCUAAGAUCCCCAAGCUCAAACUCCCAAAGGACCGGCAGUACGUGGUGCGGCUCAUGGCCCCCUUCAACAUGCGCUGCAAGACCUGUGGGGAAUACAUCUAUAAAGGCAAGAAGUUUAACGCCCGUAAGGAGACUGUUCAGAACGAGGUGUACCUGGGGCUGCCCAUCUUCCGCUUCUACAUCAAGUGCACACGUUGCCUGGCAGAGAUCACUUUCAAGACAGAUCCCGAGAACACAGACUACACCAUGGAGCAUGGGGCCACUCGCAACUUCCAGGCUGAGAAGCUCUUGGAGGAAGAGGAGAAAAGAAUGCAGAAGGAGAGAGAAGAGGAAGAGCUCAACAAUCCCAUGAAGGUCCUGGAGAACCGAACCAAGGACUCGAAGCUGGAGAUGGAGGUUCUGGAGAACCUGCAGGAGCUGAAGGAACUCAACCAGCGCCAGGCAAACGUGGACUUUGAGGCCAUGCUGAAGCAGUACAAGGAGAUGGAGCAGGAACAGAAGCGCAGGGAGCAAGAGGAGGAUGAGCAAGAGAUCAAGGCGAUGCUGGAGCAGGCGCAGAACCGCCGGCUCCUGGUGGACUCCGACUCUGACGAGGAGCCUGCGAAACCACACGUGAAGCCUGAGGCCAAAACGAAACCCACAGACAUCCUGCAGGAGGACCCCCAGCCCCAGAGUAAGAAGCUGAAGACUGAGAGCUGGGAGCGGAGCGUGGGCAAAUUGACCACCAAGGCCCAGCUGGCCGGGCUGGUCACAGUGAGGAAGCAGAAGCCAAGCCCUGCCCUGGCUAAUGGCAAAGGGAACCAGGAGACCCCGGCCAGCAGCGGCGCGUCUCCCACAGCAACGGGCACCACCGCGUCCUCCCUCAGCUUGCUGGGGGCGUAUUCGGACAGCGAGGACAGCGCGGGUGACUGAGAGGGACGCGCCCGGCGGCCCUUCCUGCUUCCAGCGCCCCCGGCGGAGCUGGCACCGCAGCGCCGAGCCCAGCGGGGUCCCAGACCAUGUGCACCCCCAGCAGCUCCCCCUGCCCGGCCCCGGCCGUGCCCGGCCGCCAGCAGGCAGAGCCCCAGUGAUGGCUUCCUCGUAGGAGGACAUUGCUGCUGGGUGGCAGCCCCAGUGCUGUCCCAGCCUGGUUGUGUCCAGCCCCGGCAGCACCGCCUGGCCCAGCCCUGCACCACAGCGUGGUGGGGGGCACCAGGACCAGCCCAGGACUGUGUAGUUUGUCCAUUGUGGUGGCACCUACUGCCCUCACCCCUGUGCUCCAGUUUGUGAUGCAUCGACCCUCCCGCAGCAAUAAAGGGACCUUAGGGCCUUCCUUCCCUCCUCACCUGCAGCCCUGCGGGGAGCAGGGGGAAGGUGGGCCCUCAGCACCCCUCUUUUGCUGCAGGACGAUGCCCCUCACCCCUUCUCAGGCCCUGGGUGUCUCCUGCUCCCCCUGUGGGGCUCAGGACCUGCUAUUGCAGGGUGAGCCCGAGUCCCCUGUUGUUCUGCUGUAGGAGGGGGCACAGUGUGGGGCAGGGAGCCGGGGGGCUCGCCUGGCCCCUCACUGGGGGUCAGGGCUGACCCUCUUUGCCUUCCCUGAGCCCUCCUGUGCCCCAGCAGCACCAUGCUGGGCCCUUCCCCACUGUUGAGGGGGUUUCCUGUGCUCACCGGCAGCCCGGUAAUAAAUUGGAUCUCUCAGAGCCAGUUGCUGCUU